CCUACUUCCUACUUCAGGGGAUUAAACGAAACUAACUAAAAGGACAAAAAUUUAGGACUGAUUCACAAAAUUUAAGGAUGGAGAUUAGCAGCGUAAGAAUACUUAGGAGCAAUUAGGGCGAGUGAAAUUGGGAAAGCAAAUAUAUUUACCAAAGUGCUUUUCUUCCAUUUCCUCUCGGGUGCACGCUUCGGUUUUGGAUAAUCAAAGGUACAAACAAGAGUAUUGAUAGCAACAAUAUCAAAUACAUAUUAUACAUUGAAGUGAUUUUUGCAGGUUUGUUCAAAAAUGGAUUCAGCGUCGAAUGGGGAAGAACCCACGACGUGGGAUGAAUUAUACAAUAUCAACUUGAUGCCUUCUGAGUUGUUUCUUAAGUUCCGAAAACAAGUUCAGGGCAUUCGAAUUGGUCUCAAUAUGGAGUUCUAUAAUGCUCCAAUCAAUGAAUAUCAAGCAAAGCUUGUAUUGAAGCCUUUAACACCUGAAUGGAAGUGGAAGUUAAUUUAUGAGCCCCUUCAUCAAGAUGUUCGCAUUCUCUCAAAAAAGAUCCCCAUUACCAAAUUUCUUAAUCUUCAGGUGGGUGUAGGACACAAUUUUCAAAUGCAUGCUACUGGCUGGAAAUGGAAGCUCACCACAUGCUUGGGUGGAGAUGGUGUAUCCCGGAUCCGAAAUAAGACAUCAGUUGGCUUGUUUCCUGGCUUUGAUUUACGGUUUGGAUGGAGGGCCGACUAUGUUCUUCCUGAAAUUACUGGGGCUUUGGGUACUGAUGAACCAUUGUUCAACAUGCAUUCUGGACGACUACAAGCAUCUCUUGAUAGAGUUGAGGCCAUCUUAACCCACAGUGAUACUGAUUGACUUUGGUAAAAGAAGAUAAUGUUAACGAGGGUGUAAGUCAAAUUUUGAAGUAUGUCACUAUCAGUUUGAAUAUACAAGCCUCAAAGUGGAGUCAAGCUGUUACUGCAAAAGAUAUUCGAAAUGUGUGACAUGGCCCCCAAUUUAAAAUAACUAUGGAGCGUUUAAUGGGGAGAGUAACUACUCAUGGUAUUUAGAGGGCAUUUGUUCUGUGCAUGCAUUAUUUCAACGAGUCAAGCUAUAAACUUGCCUUGCUAGUGCGAUAAUUUGUACAUGUGGCUGUAAUCCGGAUUUUAGAUGUUGUUAAUUGCUUGAUUACUCCACAAAAUAACACUGCUUUGCCAGAGAGAGAAGGUAGUGUGUGUGUGUGUGGAAAUUCGAGUUCAGAAUUUUCAAUCUUUGUUUGCUUUCUCACCUAAUCUGCAAAAGAACCAGGUCUAAUUGACGAUUGAAUAUGGUUAUGUUGCG